AUGCUCGAGAACGUCUACAUUGCCCGGCACGGCUACCGCGCCAACUGGGAGGACCCUAGUAUCGUGACAAGCGCGACAGGAAUGUACCAUGACCCUCCUCUUGCCCAACGAGGUCUGGUUCAGGCCCACCACCUGGGGGACUUCCUCAGCGACCCACCGGCACCGUUGCCCAAGCCCGACGUACUCUACAGCUCGCCCUUCUUUCGGUGUCUCCAGACCAUCCAGCCUCUGGCCAAAGCGACAGGCAAGGAGGUGCACUGCGAGCACGGCGUCAUGGAAUGGUUUUCAAAGGCAGCACCAGGCUCCGGCUUGCAUGCCCGCCCAUACCCCGUUGCGGAGCUCCAACCACACUUCCCGGAUAUGACUCUGCACCCAACCUACCAGUCGACCUACCUGCCCACUCGACACGGCGAGACCCUGGAGGAGCUCAGGGAGCGUUCUGACACCUUUGUUGAAGCCUUUGUCCGCCGUGUUGAGACCGAGUAUCCCGAUGCCACGACUGCAGUCAUUGUCGCACAUGCCGCUACUUUACUUGGUGACUAUGCCCACGACGUUCAAUCACCCACCGCUGGCGUAUCGCUGUACCGUCGCAAGAACAUUGUUCCGAUCGCCGGUCUUGAGCCUGUCGACCUUGUCUACAGCGACGAUCGCUACCCCAGCGACAAGCAGGUUGCGACGGCACAGUCCUGCAACGGCGCCUGCGACGGUGUGGCACACGAGCCAGUUCUGGGCGACUGGGUGCUGCUGGUCAACGGCCACACAGACCACCUCCCAGCUGGAGCUGAGGCGAACUGGAGCUUCCGCGAAUGCGAGUUUACGCCGGAUGGGCAGGUCGUACUUGACAAGGGCGAUGGAGAGCCGUUUACAGAGCAUGAUUUGAAGCCUGUGGGAUUGUCAGCUGGAAUGGAACAGCACCUUUGCAAGGCAUAG